AUGCUUCCCUUCUGUUGUGUCUCUACACACUCCGAUCACUCGCCGUUACCGGAACAACCAUCGCUCUCUAUGUACGCCGCUUCCCCGAAAACUCCUUGCGGUUCCGCUAGAUCCCAACCUCUAAUCACCCGAUCUGCUUCUCAACGAUAUAACCAUCCCGCCGCUCAAUCCAAUCACCAUCUCCUCCAUAGUCUCUCGUUUAGCCACCACAACGACGCCGAUCGAUUAGGCCAACGCGUAUUAGCUUUGCCUAGAGAAACGCCGGUGGAUGUUCAGAUCAACGAUAUCGCCGGGAAUGCGAUUGCUGGGAUACUCUAUAAAUGGGUCAACUAUGGUAAAGGAUGGAGACCUAGAUGGUUUGUUUUGCAGGAUGGUGUUGUUUCUUAUUAUAAAAUCCAUGGACCUGAUAAGAUCUUCGUUAGCCGUGACACUGAGAAAGGAUCCAAAGUCAUCGGAGAUGAGUCCACUCGUAUGAUCUCUAGGCAUAACCGUCACGCCGGCAAUCAUCACCACCGCCGCAAGCCAUUCGGAGAAGUCCAUCUCAAGAUUUCAUCGAUUAGGGAGAGUAGAUCAGAUGAUAAGAGAUUUUCGAUAUUCACUGGUACCAAGAGGCUACACUUACGUGCAGAGACGAGAGAGGACCGAGCAGCUUGGAUGGAGGCUUUACAAGCCGUCAAAGAUAUGUUUCCAAGAAUGUCAAACUCCGAGUUGAUGGCACCGACUAACAGUUUGGGCAUCUCGAUGGAGAAGCUUAGGCUGCGUCUGGUUGAGGAAGGAGUGAGUGAGUCAGCCAUUCAAGACUGCGAGCAAAUCACCAGGUCGGAGUUCUCGGCAAUACAGAGCCAGCUUUUGCUUCUCAAGCAGAAGCAGUGGCUUCUCAUUGAUACACUCAGGCAACUAGAGACAGAAAAGGUAGAUCUGGAGAACACGGUUGUAGAUGAGAGUCAACGACAAGCUGACAACGGAGACUCAGAUGGAACUGCUAGUGAAUCCGACGAUGAUAAUGAACGAUUUGAUGCUGCUGAGGAAGAAAUUGAUACAUGCGACUCUCUUUCUUCAAGUUCUUUCAAAAGUAUUGGAUCUGCUUUUCGUACAUCAUCAUUUUCUUCAGAUGAUGACGGGCUUAAUAUUGGCUUUGAGUCUGAAGAUGAUAUUGAUCCUUCCAUCAAGUCUAUUGGUUUUAACUAUCCUCAUGUCAAACGAAGGAAAAAGUUACCUGAUUCGGUUGAAAAGGAGAAAAGUGUGAGCCUUUGGUCAAUGAUCAAAGACAACAUCGGCAAGGAUCUCACCAAAGUCUGUCUUCCUGUUUACUUCAACGAGCCACUCUCUUCUCUACAGAAAUGCUUUGAGGAUUUGGAAUAUUCAUACCUUCUUGACCGGGCAUCUGAAUGGGGGAAAAGGGGAAAUAACCUCAUGAGGAUUCUGAAUGUAGCUGCUUUUGCUGUAUCUGGUUAUGCGUCAACCGAAGGAAGAAUCUGCAAACCUUUUAAUCCAAUGUUAGGGGAAACAUACGAGGCUGACUAUCCAGACAAAGGCCUUCGAUUUUUCUCGGAAAAGGUGAGUCAUCAUCCAAUGAUUGUGGCAUGCCAUUGUGAUGGGACAGGAUGGAAAUUCUGGGGUGAUAGCAAUUUGAAGAGCAAAUUUUGGGGUCGAUCAAUUCAGCUUGAUCCUAUUGGUGUAUUGACUUUGCAGUUUGAUGAUGGUGAAAUAGUGCAGUGGAGUAAGGUGACUUCAUCGAUAUACAAUCUCAUACUUGGUAAAUUGUACUGCGAUCACUACGGAACAAUGCGAAUCGAAGGCAACGGUGAAUACUCAUGUAAACUUAAAUUCAAGGAACAGUCGAUGAUCGACAGAAACCCUCACCAAGUUCAAGGUAUAGUAGAAGACAAAAAUGGCAAAACAGUGGCUAAGCUGUUUGGAAAAUGGGAUGAGAGUAUGCACUAUGUGAUUGGUAAUCAAGGAAAGGCUAACGAAUCCCAUCUUCUGUGGAAGCGAAACAAACCUCCCGAAAACCCGACAAAGUAUAACCUAACACGGUUUGGGAUGACUUUGAACGAGCUAACGCCUGGUUUAAAGGAGAAGUUGCCGCCAACGGAUUCAAGACUUAGACCGGACCAGAGGCAUUUGGAGAAAGGAGAGUUUGAGAUGGGAAACGCGGAGAAGUUGAGGCUGGAACAGAGACAAAGACAGGCGAGAGAGAUGCAGGAGAGAGGCUGGAAACCAAAGUGGUUUAGAAAAGAGGAAGGGAGUGAUACAUACAGAUACAUUGGAGGUUAUUGGGAAGCUCGAGAUUCUGGUCGUUGGGAUGAUUGUCCUGACAUUUUUGGCCAGCUUAUCAAGUAA